CCAAGACUUGGAAGCCUGGGAAGAGGGAUGGCUAGUGAGGUUUAGAUCAUGUUGAGCCCUGCCUUUCUUGUGCGGGAUGUGGACUACUCCUUGUAUACCUAUGGAUCCAUCUUCAUUAUUGGAUUAAUAAUUUGGCAAGUGAAAAAAAGACGCCAAAAAUUAAUAUUGACACCUAGCAAGAAGUGUUGCCAGCAUCACCGAAGAGUCAAACACAGUUCUAGAGAGAGAACAUCAAGAGCUAAGAAAUCCUCCCAGAACGAAGCUGAGAGACUGCAGAAGCUAGUGUCUCUCAUGAAAAGUCAGGGGUGGCUUCCCCGCGAAGAAAGUGUGCGGCAGCUCCUGUGUGCAGAUCCCUCCUGUAAAAUCUGUAAUGCCAUGGCUCUGGAGAUUCAGCAGUUACUUGUGGGUAAAAACAACCAGAUCUCUCCUACUUUAUCAAGAGCAUCACAGAGCUCUUCUCAUCUAGGAAGGUUGUCCACAUGCAGCGUGCCUUUUGAACAGAGUCAAAAAUUGGGUUUCCAGAACUCCAGAGAGAUUAUGCUGGCACCUAGUCCCACACUAUCACAAAUAACAGAUCAGAAAUCUUUCACUCAGUCAGCUUCCCAGUCAUCUGGUGGAGUGAGCACCCAAGAGUGCUGGCCUGAUCAUCUCCAGUCAGUUCAAGUACCACAUCUGUUCCAGAAUGCAAGAGCUCCCUCUUCUUCAAGCCUUGAGGAAUCUGGGAUUUCUUCGAACUGGAAGGAGAAAGCAAAGAGUAAGUCAACACUUGCCCUGAUGAGCUCAGGUGCUCCAGAAGUUGAUUUGGAAAAUACGAUGACAUUCUUUUCACACUGGAUUAACCCUGAAGUGAAAGAUCAAAGGCACGAGGAACCCAUUAUCCAUUCUAAAUCUGAGACAAGGGCCAAAUCCAGGACAAAAGGGGUUGAGAAGUUUCCAACCCCCACCAAAGAUAGUGUCAAGGACCCUAAGGCCCAGCCUCCCCAUACUGCCAAGGGGCACCACUUGACUUUCCUUGAUUCCCACACAGUCAGCUCCCACAACGUUCCCCCCAAGGCAGUCAGCCCUGGGGCCCUUGUCACUCACAAAGCAGCUCCAAAAUCUGACAACUGACUGGUGCCACCCAACCGACAUAUAUCCCAGGUCUCAACUCUCACAUCAGCAGAAGGCAUCAGUUUACACAAGGAGAAGCCUCAUUUCAAGCAAAUGGAGCUUGUAGGUUUUCCAACUCUGCAUCCCCAUGGAAAAGGCUGUAUAUGGCCAUUUUCAUUAACAUGAAAGUGAG